AUGGCGAUGGUGCUGGAUGCAUUUGCGUCCUACCUGGUGGACAUGCUCACGCAGGUAGCAACUGAUGAGGUGAAGACGAUGUUGGGCGUCUCCGGCGAGAUCGACAAGAUGGGAGACAAGCUUUGCGACCUCAAGAACUUCAUGGCCGAUGCUGAUAGGAGGAACAUCACCGACAAGACUGUUCGAGAGUGGGUGGGCCAGCUCAAGCGUGCCAUGUAUGAAGCUACUGACAUCCUUGACCUCUGCUAG